CCACGGGCUGGCCCUAUAUAUUGACAUCUAUUAUUAAUGAUAAAGCUACUCAAGCUUUACCAAGAAAAAUUAAGGGAGAAUGAGUGCAAGAAUAUUGAUUAGUGCACUAAUAUUCUUGGUUUUAUGUGAGUGUAUGAUGUUAGAAGCACAACUUCAAGUGGGAUUUUAUGAUAAUUCAUGUAGUAUGGCUGAGUUCAUUGUGAGACAAGAGGUUACAAAUGCCUUCUUUAUAAAUAAGGGAGUGGCUGCUGGCCUUGUCCGCAUGCAUUUCCAUGAUUGUUUCGUUAGAGGUUGUGAUGGAUCAGUGCUGAUCGACUCAACUUCAACAAACUCAGCUGAGAAGGACUCACCAGCAAAUAACCCGAGCCUUAGAGGUUUCGAAGUCAUUGAUAGUGCAAAGGCCAGGUUGGAAUCUGUUUGUCAAGGAGUCGUUUCCUGUGCUGAUAUAGUCGCUUUUGCAGCUAGGGAUAGUGUAGCGAUAACUGGAGGAUUUGGCUAUGAAGUUCCAGCUGGUAGAAGAGAUGGCAGAAUCUCACUAGCUUCUGAAACAACAAGUUUGCCCCCGCCUACAUUGAAUGUUGACCAGCUCACCCAAAACUUCAAAAAUAUGGGACUCACCCAAGAAGAAAUGGUUACUCUCUCUGGAGCUCACACCAUUGGUCGAUCUCAUUGCCUGGCCUUCAGGAACAGACUAUACAGCUUCAACUCAACAACAAGCCAGGAUCCCAGUCUUGAUCCUUCCUAUGCAGCCCAGUUGAAACAGCAAUGUCCAGAAGGCAGCACGGAUGCAAGUUUGGUGGUGCCAAUGAACCCUGUAAGCCCAGCUAUCACUGAUGAAUGUUACUACACCGAUAUUCUGGCCAACAGGGGCUUGUUUACAUCCGAUCAAACUCUUCUCACAAAUCCAACUACAGCUAUCCAAGUAAUACAAAAUGCUAGGUAUCCAUUCCUCUGGAAAAGUAAAUUUGCUAGUGCAAUGGUUAAAAUGGGCCAAAUUGGUGUCUUGACAGGCACAGCUGGAGAGAUCCGAGCUAACUGUAGAGUCAUCAAUAGCUGAACAAAAAUGUUAUAUAUAUAUAUCUGUAUUCUAAUAGAGGAUUGCUCCUUUCAAGCUGGAACUUUCCGCACUAUCUUCUUCAACCAGUUAGUACUGGGAAAUCGACUAUGUAUUGCUCUGCUGCCCUUUUAUUAUGUCCUUUAUCACUGUCAGAAAAUUGAAAUUGCAAAUAUCUUCAGUUAUUAGAUCUUAA